GGUCGCUAUCUCGGUGCACACAAGACUAUGAAGCUGAGCAGGCACUGCCAGGGCACUGCAACAACCAGCCUUAAGUAUACAGGCAUCCUCCAAGCAGCUUAUAAUUAGCUCAGCAGACAAACCACGCACGCCCCCAUCGCCAAUCAUUAAUCCCCCGAUCGACAUCGUUGCAGCAAGUCAUCAACAUGCAGCUCAAAAGGCCCGAAACCAUAUCAUCUGCAGCCUGUGUCCACGACGCGCCCCCAUCCAUACUAUGUAGUGACGCACAAAUCCCACCACACACCGGCAGCCGCACAACACCCCCUAGCACGCAACGGGCGAGAACGGUUGCCCAAUGCAGCGUAGCAGCAGAUCUGGUCUGGAUCGCCCGCUAUCUCGCGACCGCACGGUGGGACGGUGGAAGUGAGGGACGUUGCACAUGGGUACCUAUGCUCUACGAGACAGCACGCCACGGCCGCACCGCGGAUGCACGCGCGACCCGUCCCCGCGACCGCAGAUGCUGCACGACUACCUCGCCCGCCUCGCGACGUGCAAAGCCUGAGGCCCGAAGAGCGAUAUGUCCAUCUCCAGUCACCCCGUCCAGCGCAUACACCCCCAGACAACCACACGCCCUGCACACACACACCCCUACAGCACCCGCCCAGGAGAUCCACCCACCGUGUACUAUAUAUCACGCCCCUCAGCGGAACUACCCGCAUCUACUUAUCCCUAACGCCCCGCCUCCGCGCCCGAUCCGCCUCCCGCUAGUCAGUAGGGCCGCGCCGGGCCUAGACUGCGCUUUGGUGGCGGGUGGAUGGGCGUUGGGUGGCGGGGCUGGGGUGGGUGUGUGGGAGCUGCGCUUGGGGUGUGUGUGUGUGGGUAUCUGGGCUUUCUGCGGGGGAUGAUCGGGAGGCGGAGACGUGCGGCGACGCGCGGAGCUAUGCCUGGCUGGCGACGGUGGCGAGACGUAGGAGGUAAGUGGCUGGCAUUACGCAGCAGGGCGUGGAUGGCACUGUUCGUCGUCGGUAUUGCCGUCGAUGUGGCCGCAAUCACCGUUGCAUUCGUAGUCGGGAUGAGAGAGAUGCUGGAAGGCAAUGUGGGAAAUCUAAUCUGCAGAGACUAGUCAGUUCGGCUCAGAAGGCGGGGAGGAUAUGAAUGCUGCGGGCGGGGAGUGGAGAGAGCGGGGAGGCAG